UCCCGGGGAGUCCCCUCCCUUCGGCGCCAUGGCCCGGGUGGGCGCGGUGGCCGGGCUGGAGGAGGAGCUGACGUGCCCCAUCUGCCUGGGGAUUUACAGCACCCCCGUGUCGCUGAGCUGCGGUCACAGCUUCUGCCGGGGCUGCAUCCAGGAGGCCAGGGUCCAGCGGCGGUGCUCCCAGGGCCCCUUCGGCUGCCCGCUCUGCGGUGCCCGCACCGACCCCGCCGCCCAGCUGCAGCCCAACGUCCAGCUCCGCAGCAUCGUGCAGAAGUUCUUGGAUGACCAAGAGGAGGAGGAGGAGCGGAAAAGGCAACGCCGAGAGAUGGAGGAAGGCUCGGGCCAGCGGGACGAGGUCGUCCUGUGUGACUUCUGCCUCCAGGAGCCCCAGCCGGCCGUGAAGACCUGCCUGACCUGCGAGGCCUCCUUCUGCCAAGCCCACCUGAGCAAGCACAGCUCAAAGAGUUCCCUGAAAGACCAUGUUCUGGUGGAGUCCUGCGAUGCUCAGGCUUUGGCUGAGAUGAGAUGCCCCCAGCAUGGUAAAGUGCUGGAGUGCUACUGCAAGACAGACUUGGUCUGCAUCUGCAUGCUCUGCUGCAUCACCAGCUCCCACAAGAACCAUGAGGUCAUCACUUUGGAGGAGGCUUUUGCCCAGGGGCAGAGUGCUUUAGGUAAAAUUCUGGAAACCGUGAAAACAGAAAAAGCUGCGCUGGACCAAAUCAUAGCAAACCUGGAGAAACAGGAGAAGGAAGUAAAGACUAAGGAGAGCCUGAGGAGGACUCGGCUGGAGAGCCUCUUCGAAAAGAUGCGUCUGCAGCUGGAUGACAGAAAAGAGGAGGUCCUGGAAGUUUUCCGUGUCAACGAGGCGCAACAGCUUUCUCAGAUCCAGACGCACAUACAAAAACACAAAGAGGAGAAGGAUGCAGCCUGCCGUGAUGUACAGAAACUAGAAGCUCUGAGGAAUCAGAAAGACCAACUGCUUUUCACCAAGGCUUUUGCAACAAUUCCAGCCAGGAAAUGCACACCUGUGCAUUACAUAGCUGAUGUACAGCUGCCAAUGCCACCCAUUAUUUUGGAUGAAUUAACAAGAGACACUACUUUAAGGCUUUUCCAGCAAUUCCUCUCACACAUGCAGUCCGUAUUUAAUGCACCACCCGUUCAUGAACAUCUGACUCUUCCAGUGAGUGGAUUAAAUCAGAGUAGCAAUGUAGUCUAUGCUCCCACACACAGUUCUUUCCAGCACCCGCGGAGUUACACUUCAGUCCCAGCCUUUAAUUUCGGUAUCGGGUCCCCACCGUUUUCAAACCCCAGUGGCACCCAACACAUGCAUUUUCAAUCUCCAUUUGUGGCAGCAGGGUUUAGAAGCACCAGUGCCACCCAACACAGCGAGAGUGACCAGAGCUUCUCGGAGGGCUGUCACUUCUGGGAGGUGGACACCAGCAAGGCGACGCACUGGGAGCUCGGAAUCAUUCAUGGCAACGUCAAGUGCUACCUGGAAAAGUCUCAGGAGUACCUCCACGUGUUCCUUGGUCAAAUAGAGAUCACAAAAAAGCAGUCUCCUGCAGCCCUCACGUUGGUCAGGGUAGAGCUAGACUGCGGAAGAAACACCCUGUCAUUUUAUAACGCAUCUGUCAAGACAGGAGGUGCUGCUGAGAGCCUCAGGCUUAUUGAGAGAGUAAGCAUCCCUUCAAAGUAUCCUGUCCGUGCUACCUUUGGUACAACUGAUGGCUCUUUGAAACUCCUGUAGUGAUGGGGCGACAAGGUGCUGUUUUGUAUUUCCAGGCUCAGGUAUUGGGACUGCUACUGGGUGGAGGCUGUGCUCAGCUGGCAUAUUAGAAACUGGGUUUGGGCUGCUGUGAUGGCUCACCAGUGUGAGGGCUCGGCCCUGUGGGUUAUAUCACAGUGCCCUGCUGCUUACUGCGAGAGCUCCUGUCUUAUUUGUUCUGUUAAUCACCGUAGAGAUACCAUUAAGUUGCACUUUUUGUUCGGCUGUAUCAAAUGUUGUGUUGGUUGCAUGUUAUUAAAAUAAUAGAGAUUGCAAAA